CGUCGCCAGGGUGGUUUGGGCUGGUGGAGCACUUGACUCUGCCCCCAUUUCAGGCUCCUAAGAGAUCCGCGUCGGAGGCGGAGACUGUUAUCAUACUAUUGAAGGAAUGCUACUCAAUGAAGUAGAACUUCUCCAUGAGUCUUAUGCUGGGAGGAGGAAAAGUCUGGAGGCUGAUGCGAGCCAGAGGAGGAACUUUUCUCCAGGAGAAAGAUUUCACACAACUCUACUUGUCAGACUACCUUUCAGGAGAGACUAGAGCCAAGACAUUGAUGGAUGUCUUUACGUGUCACUCACAUCUGGUUCAUGGCUCAAGCCUGAAGGCUAUAAUGUCAUGAUGGAGAAGAUAACUCAAGUUUUGAAUGUGUCCCAUCCUCUACCCUGUCAGUGAUGAAGCUUUGUGCAAUUAUUUAUAAAAACUGGAAAAGACUGCUGGAGAGACUAAAGGAGAGGCCAUUCUACUAAUAACUCAUAGGAAAUAACUCUUUCCCUACUUGGGAUUAGACCAGCUCAUUCUUAGAUUCUUCUGAAAUAAAAGUAGCAGUCCACACAGCUUAUUCAGCAAUGUAACAGAAGAGACCCUCCAACCAUGAUGGAUAUAAGAAAUAGGCUCCAGCAUUGUCAAUAAUGUUGGUUGUACACCAGAAGUGGACGGAGGGACCCUAUUGCUGAAGACACUGCUUGAUGUGAGCACAGGAGAGGGAGAAAUCAAGCUUGGACUAAGCUGGAAACCCCCUGCCAUUGGAUGAGUGACUUUCAUGGUGGCAAAAGAAUGGAUGGAUUAGAUGAAUAUUCCCAUAGUUCUUUUGACCUGCAAUGCCUACUAAACUCAUUUCCUGGAGACUUGGAGUUUAAGCAGAUCUUCAGUGACAUUGAUGAACAGCUGGAACAAAAUGCUACAAGCAUGAAACAUUGCAUUGAAGAAAUACAGUCCGAAGUAAACAAACUCUGUCCAGAUGUGCAGCUGCAAACAACAACUGACUGCUUUGCAUGGAUAACUAACUAUAAUUAUAAUUCAUCUAAGUCACCAUUCAUUCCCCAUGAAGAUUUGAUAAAAUUCCUCAAAACAUUGCAAAAAUUCUUGAAGAAUGAGCAAAAUCAAGAAGAAAUGAUUCUGGAUUUGCUUUGGGACCUCUCUUGCCAGAGAAGUGUUUCAUUUCCAUCGACCCUAGGUGGGACAUCAUUCUGUUUCCUCUCCAGGACGUCUCUGCAUUCCGUUGAAGAUGACUCCUGUGUGGAUGUAAAGUCUAUAUGGGAUGAUAUAAGACUACAUCUUCGACGUUUCUUAGUGAACAGAUUAGAAAACUAUAAUGAAAUAAACAAUUCGCAGCAGCAAAAAAUUGUAUUGAAAAAUCAGUGUCUACAACAACUAUUGUUUCUUUAUCCAGAGUCAGAAGUGAUCAUCAAGUACCAAAACAUACAGAUUAAAGCAUUGGCUGACUUUCUGCAGAACUAUUUUCCUUCUUACAAAAGAGACUCAAAUUUAGAAGUAAUAGUUUGUGGAUACAAAAGUACAAUGCUUAAGUUAUAUUCAAUGAUAAAAGAGGAUUUUAAUGUACUAUGUGAAAUUUUAGCUACAUCCUCAAUAGUAAAGUUCAUUAAAGAAACUUACCUGGAUACAGUUACAGAAGAAAUGGCAAAUUUUCUUGAAAAUUUUUGUGAGCUGCGGUUCAAUGAAAAUGCUGUUCGGGUGGUUAGAACAAGCAGGAGUUCCGGCAGGCAUAGAGGAGCAGUGCGUGCUUUGGUUGUUCCUGAAGGCACACAGAAGGGAAGAAAUUUUUCUUUAUCCUUAGAUGAACUCAAAUUCUUAUCACAGCUCACAGAAUCCUUUUUGAAGCUGGAAAGCAACAUUCAAGAAUUGUUUGAAGAAAUGUUUUUAUCGCUUAAGAUGUCCAGAAAUUCUUCAGGAAUAUUGGAGAAAUACAACAGAGAAGCCAUCCUAGAGAAACCUACAGCAAACAAAGCCAGUAUUCCUCCAGAGCAGUUGUUACCAGGCAAAGAGGCAACUUCACUAGAUUUUGAUUGGAGAAAUGCAUUUAAAGAAGUGUCUCUUCCCGUGGCACACUGCAUAAUAGCAGCAGUUGAAGACUUUUCCACAAAAGUCCUCCAACAGGAACAGACAGAAAGGACCUCCGCUGUGAGCUAUGCCAUGCUCCUCGUAAAUGUCCAGCAAGUUUGGCAAGAUGACCACAUGCUUCCUGAGGAGGAACAACCAAAGAAAGUUGCAAAGUUUUGUUCUGACAUCAUGGAAAAACUUGACACAAUGCUUCCACUGGCCCUGGCAUGCAGAGAAGAUUCUUUUCAGGAAAUUAGAGCAAACUGGGUUGAGGCCUGUUAUAAAGUGGCAACAGCUGUCCUGGAAAGACUGCAAGAGAGAGGCAAGGAGGUUCCUUCCAGAGCACCCCUAAAAAACCUGCACAUCCUCCUCUCCACCGCAGUGUAUGUCUCCCAGCAUUUCAUGCGAUAUGAUAAUUUGUUGAAAGAGACAGCUAAAAAACCCAUAUUCCUGGUGCCUGUCCAACGAUAUCAGGAAUUCAUCAACACUCUGCAGUUUCAGGUUACGGACUACUGCGUCAGAGUUUGUGCAACAAGCAUUUUACAGGAUGCUGAGAGCCACCACUGGGAUGACUACAAAGCUUUUUAUGAGGGGGAGAGAUGCUCCUUCUCGCUCCAGAUGUGGCAUUACUUCUACUGGGCUCUGCAUCAUGAUCUCUGGACCAUACUGCCCCCUAAGCUAGCCCAGGAGAUUCUAGCAGAGGUGCUGGAGAAAUCUUUGCAUCUACUUGCCUCCAGAUAUGCUGGGGCCCAUCCCAGUUUUAAGAGAACUGCACAGUUAAGACUUGAUGUCACAACAAUUUUAAUAUGCACUGAGAACAUAUUAUGGUCAAUUUGUACAUCUGUUCAGGAACUUUUGAAUCCUCAUGAGUAUAACAAUAAUAAAAUUUUUAAAAUCCAUACUCAUUGCAAUAAUCUGGUUACAACAUUAGCUAUUUUGACAUCACCAUUAACAGAACUGUAUAAGACCUUUCAGCACAGCAUGGAUGAGUCUGCUUCAAAUUCCUUAAAAUCAUUUUUCAACCAACCAUUACAUUGGAUUUCUUGCAUAUCACAUUUCUACCCUUCAUUACUCAGGACUCCAUCAGCUAGAGGACUGAAAGCCGAGGGGCAACUCAAACUGCUCUUAUCCCAGCCAAGUUGUAACUGGAACCUGCUUCUGGAAACCCUACUGCAUGAUGGUGGCCUUUUCCCAAGAAUCUUGCUGAAAAGCUCAGAACACUUCUUUCAAGAACAAGGGUCUGGCACAGAAAAUAACUGGAAUGAAAGGUGCAAUGUGAUAGAAGCCAUUUUUAAAGUUUUAUACCAUUGCAAUUUUUCUCCACAAACAUUUGGAAAUGUUUUCAUGUGCUACAUGGAAGAAGAACAGUUAUGGGACUAUUUAUACAACAUUCCAGUCUCAACGCGCAUGGAGUCCCAGCCAGAAGUCAUCCGAUGUCUGAGACUGGCACUUAUGGACGCUGUCAAGGACACUGUGAAGCAGACAAUAUCUGUGAUAAGCUUGGGGAGAAAGGACGAUGCAAACCAAAACAAGCCCAGUGUUCCUUGUCAUCUGCUUCAGAGCAUUCCACAAGAAUGGAAGUACAUUCCAAAAGAAGUCAAGAGGAAAGAGGCAAGCAAAGGCUUCACAAGGCUUGCUGUUCAAGCAGUAUCUAUUGUGAUCAGCAAGUUACCUACGGUGAUUGCAUGUUUGCCUCCCACAAUUAAAUACUUCUUUUUUCUGUCUGAGAGAAAAAUGUCAAAAAACUUGGUUGAAUUGAAGAAAGCUGGCCUGCUUGUCUGGAACUUGAUUGUAAUUAUAUGUCGUAUAUUUGAGGAUGGAAACACUGUGGAACUUUUAACAGGUGCCUCCCCUGACAGAUGGAGUAAAGAGAAGCUGAGUUUAAUUUGUGUGUGUUUGGAAAGCAUCCUGAGAGAACGAAGCAGCCCUAAUCAAAUGACCCAACAGGUCAUACUGAGUAUCGAGCGGCAGAGACCCAAUUGGAUGGAACGCCAACUGUUGAAAGCAAGAACACUGAGCACCAAAUGUGCAUUUAUGACAAUGGAGGAAAGCACAGCCUUAGAAGGAGAUGCCACUCUUGAACUGACUGAGCAGAAAAUAAACAGGAUGGUCCUGGAUCUCUGCCACAAACCAGGUGGCAGCAAGUACCUGAGGCAAAUUUAUCACAUCAUGCAGCUCAAUGAGGAAUAUUUAAAAGAACAGCUGCUUUCUAUGAAUGGUUCACAGAAAAAGCCAUUACCCACCCGACCUCUAAAGAUAACCUUGAGGACUGUAGAAGACCAGCCUUCUGUGUUUAACCCUUUCCGUGUGUAUAAGGUGUUUCAUGAAAACAUGCUAGAUCAGUCAGCCACUGCAAAAUGGAACUGGAAUUGGUCAAACUUGCUGCCAAAUUAUCUGGGACUGGACAAGAUGACCUUCAGGGUACUGCUCAAUAACAGGUGGGAAAUGAGGAAAGAUGAAACACUAGAAGAGGAAGAAAAAACAAUGCUGGAACAUUUAAAACAAGUUUGUACCAUACAGAACUCCUCUGUCUCAGACAAUGUAGAGAAAGAGUAAUCUGCAGAAGACAGCAACAGCUUUAUCUUGGGAAACCAUCACAUCCAUUGCAGUAGGCUUUCUACUACGGUUAGAACGAACUCAAAUGUGCUGUGAAGCAGGCAGCCAGUGACUGAGUAAUCUCUGCACUGGAAAGGAAUGCAUCACAUGAAGAAUAAAAGGCUCCACAGUUUUUACUUUAAAAAUAAUUUCAAAUGUUUUUCUUUCCUCAACCUUUCUCUUUAUCUGAUAAAACUGCUGCCAUCUCGUGUUCUCUUUGAAUUAUUUUUUUCCUUUCUUUCAGUCUCAAAGUAUCUAUGACAACAGAAAAAAUGUUCAGAAAUCUUUCCUUAAGGAUUUUUUAAAUACAAUAUUUGGAUGUUAUGUUGAAUGGAGUCACAUAGCACCUGGGAGUCAUCUGAAAUUUACAGUUUAAUUCUGUAGCUGUAGCCCAAGUCUAGAUUUUAAUUGCCUUUAAAUACUCACCGUUGGACCAGUCUCUCUUCCCAUAUAACCUCUUCCACAUCCAAUUCAUCUUAACCACAGCCACAAAAGCCUUCUCCAGCAUUAUUAACUUCAGUCAUCUCUUCUUGCUGUGGUUUCAUCCCCACUCCUAAAUAUGAUUCAAACUUCCACUCAUAUGCUUUCAGGUCCUGUACCAAAUGGCUCCAAUUCAGGCAGCUCUUGCCAUCUUUUUGACUCAAGCCAUAUGCUUACCAUUUUUUCCAACUAUAAAUCAUCUUUCUUCCAAACCUGUACUCAAAACUCAUCCUCCUCUGCCCCAUAAUUCAUUAUUCACUAUAUCUAAUACUGUUCUUAAUUUCAUUUUACACACACACACACACACACACACACACACACA